UAUUGAACAGAAUUAAGAAAGACGCAUCAUAAAGGCCAUGAAGCACCUUUCUCAUGGAUUACGUUGAUAUGCAAUCAGAGUGUGAUAGGCCCAGUGCACGAAGAACAACCUCGGUAUUGCAUGCACGCAGUCUCGCGAACGGUAUCAUUGGAAACAAUAGUCAGCACUGCAUCCAGUUCAGCCUAGGGAAAAAAUCCCCUACACGAACCCUGACAUCAAUCUUUUUCUUUUUCUGUACUGCGGACGAGGCAUCUAGUUCCAGCGGUGCCUUCGUUCACUUAUGACCCAUCAAUAACGCUACGAACCUGAUAUCACACCUGCUCUUCUAGGUUUGUAUAUAUACUCCUCGACAAUACCAUCUUCUCCACCCCAUGAAUUCGUGCUUCACCAAAGAUCAGGACGGAAAUACUUCUAUGCUACAAUCGAGGACCUUCGAGUGCUUAUUCUGCCCAGCCAGUUUCACUCGGUCUACACACCUUUCAAGACAUCUCCAUAUACACACUGGCGAGCGUGCUUACAGGUGUACGGCUUGUUUCGCCAAGUUCAGCAGAAGCGAUGUCCUGAACAGACAUGCAAAAACAUGUAAAGCUAUUAACGGCCAGAUCACUAAGACUGUCCGUCGUUCCCGCCAGAUGUCUUGUCAGGCUUGCGCUCAGGCGAAAGCCAAAUGCGAUUUGGAGCAACCGUGCUCAAAAUGUACCACCCGCGGCAAGGACUGUGUGUACGUGAACGAUCCCGCGGUAUCACGGCACAAAAGGAGUUGUCAUGGACGAGACUCUGACAACCCUGACACGGCGCCUGCUGCGCAUUCAAAGUCAAGUGCGAGCUCGCCAAUAGAUUUCUCCUUUUCCGAGUCAGCUCCUGGUCUCAAUAACGAUCUGGUUCUAGCCGACGCAUUUCUCUUCCCAGCCUGCACCCCGAGGCAAAGUGGGUGGCUGGAAAGGGAUGGCAGCUCGGAAGGCUAUGAUCUAUUCACUGAGCACAGUCAUGCAGUGAGCUUGGAUUCGCAUACGGUACCGUGCAUCCCAUCAGACUCUCCCUCUCCGACGGGUAUACCAUCAUAUGAAUAUACCAGAGCUAACUAUCGAACGGCUCCGCUCGGAUGAAGCAGGUGCGGACGUAGGCUUACUGAGGAACACUGCGUGAUUCGAGAGAGAUUAGAGGAGCUGGUACUGGCAGGCCGUUUGGUGUCUGAUACCGAGUGGCAGAAGGAUGUUUGACAAUCUGAGUCUCAGAGUGGUACCCUGAUUUUCUUUUUCCGAACCAAUAUAGGAAUCGUCUGCUAGCCAACGAGAAUGAUAGUGAAAUUUCCCGGUCGGAUAGCUUGAGACAGACAGAUCGUGACACGUUGGUUAGUCUUCAAAUGAGUGCGCGGCUUCGAGUUGAUGAUGCAAUGAUUGUC